GCGUCAUCACCACCACCACUACCAUCAUUACCAUCAACAACUCCCACCCCAUAGCAAGUUUUAUUUUUUUUUUCACAAUAGAAAAUCAAGUGCAUCAACCCAAUUCCAGUAACCUCCAAACAAAUACACAAAAAACUAAAUUUCCAAAAAAAAAAAAAAAAAAAUUUUAACUACACAAAGUAUUAAACCAUAAGUGUGCAGUGCCAGUAUUACAUAUGGUGAUUUUCCAGUGACUUGUGUAAAAAAAAAAAAUGCAUCACAACCGCCGUAAAAAAAAACGUAUAAAUUAUGGUGUCCGUGCCGUUGAAUUAUUUCGGGGUACAAAAGGUUAUGGUUUCACAAUAUCCGGUCAGCAGCCAUGUAUUUUAAGUUGCAUCGUAACAGGAUCACCAGCCGAACAAUCAGGUCUACGUGCUGGUGAUUAUUUAGUUGCUGUCAAUGGUUACAAUGUCGCAAAAUCACCUCACGAUGAUGUCGUUAAAUUAAUAGGUAAUUCAAAAGGUAUAUUACGAUUACAAAUUGCCGAAAAUUAUUAUUCUGAUUCAUCAGAUGAAGAAGGACAUCUUACUGCCCGUACAAAACCUAAAUAUUCUCAUAAAACCCGUACUAGUAAUAGCACUAGUAACAAUAAUCACAAUCAUAGUCAUAAUAAUCAUAAUCAUAAUCAUAAUUACAACCCGAACCACAGCCAUACCCAUACCCACAACCAUAACAACAACAAUAGCAACCAUAACAAUGCUGCCACCAGCGUUUCUCCCAACCCGAACAAUGAAAAGUUCAAAUGCACUGUCGAUAAGGUUGUCAAUGAUUUGAAAACUGGCGCCAUGUUUGAAUUGCCCUUCGACUCUGCCCAGACCCCGGGAACAGAAACAACGACAACGUCAACAGGAACAACAAUAACAGGAACAUCAACAGUCCGUCUUCCCCCACCUCCACCCCCGCAAUUAAAAAUGCAGUGCAGUAAAAAUGGCAGCUGCCAUCGUUAUUUAAAUUUGAAAAACAGUAUCUGCGAUAACAAUUUAGGGUUAGCGUCUUGUUCGUUGCCUUGUUCACUGGCGUUAGCACCACCCCCGUUAAACAAACGUGAAACUGAGAAAAUAGUUCACCGUACAGUUGUAGGUUAUCUUGGAACAAUAGAUAUUCCGAACCAAUUGCACUCUAGUAUGAUGAUGCAAGUGUUGAAAAAAUGUAUCAAAAGAUUGAAACAAGAAAAACGUAAUCCGAUAACGGUCUUACUGACGAUUCAUGUUACCAAUAUUAAAUUAACGAAUGCUGAUAACAAAAUAAUCGCCGAGUAUCCUUCCUAUCGCAUUAUAUUUUGCAAUGCGUUUUCCGAUACAGACAAACAGUACUUCGGAAUACUGACUAAAUCUACGGGCGACAGGGACGGAAUCGUGUCUAAUUCAUGCCAUGUAUUCAUGAUAUUCAACAGGUUGAUUGAUCAUUCCCUGCAUGUCAACACGUCGAAUAUCUUUGGGUUCACAUGCACGAAGACAACCGACUCUAUGGUUUGUCAGGAGUUCCCGGACAGUUGCAUGGGACUGAUUGGGGCCAUACAAACCCUUUAUAUCGUUGAUGGGAGUAAUGAUGAAAAUGGGGGUGCUUAUGGGGAUGUUAGGAGACAAUUGGAUGCUGUAUCACCGCAGCCAAGUAAUGUCAGCAGUUCUACUGCACACUCGAGUAACAGCGACUCGGGGAUUGGAUUCAGGGAUGAUUACGCUGGCAAUCAGGGGGAGAGAAACGGCGAUAUUUUUAGGCAGCCAUUUCCUGUAAGAAUUGCGCUGAGGGCUGGAGGCAGCGGGACUGGGGUUGGGGUUGGAGCUGGGGGUGAAAGUGGGGCUAAAAGUAAUGAUGAUAAUGAUGAUGAUGAUGAUGAUGAUGAUGGACCGUGGAUUAGACGAACGGAACCAGAACUAGGUUGCAAGGGAAUUGAUGGAAUCGGGUUGUAUGAGGGGCGAAAUAUAUUCGAUGGGCAAAGGGAGAAAUGUGGAGAGGGUAACACCUGCGUUAAAACAUCUGCUGCUAAACAGUCAGUUGGUACUUCGUCUUUCUCGAGGACUAUUGCUGGCAUUCAACGUUCGGAGAUGGAAUUUCCGGUUGCUGACGGCAGUUGCUGCAGUGAAAUUUUUACGAUGGGUGAACCUAGUGAGGAUUUUUCUUGUGAUGAUUCGAGGGCGAGAAACAGUGAAAUGUGCAAUAAAUUGAGCCCUAAGGUAUUUAAUGUUGCGAAAUCCUUGGUGCAUAGUUUGGAAAAUCUUAAGGGGGAUGAUGAACAAUUUACUGCGUUAUUGAAUUCGUUUGCGGGGAAAAGUUACGAAGCGAGACAGUGGACUAGUUUGCAGGAAAUUAGGAAUCUUGAUGAAUUUCAAUCUGAUUCUUUGCAAUAUGGAAGUACAGAUUCAUGUGAUAAAGAAGAUAAUAAUUAUGGUGUACAUACAUGGGCAUCAGGUUUUGAAAAAUUAUUAAAAGAUCCUGUUGGCUUACAAACUUUUGCUGAAUUUUUAAAAAAAGAAUUCAGCCAUGAAAAUAUAUAUUUUUGGGCAGCUUGUGAGCGAUACCGCAAUACAGAAGAUAUUACAAAUAGACGUGCAUUAGCAUGGAAAAUUUAUCAACGUCAUCUAUCAACGACAGCCGCCGAGCCAGUUAAUGUUGAUAGUCAUGCAGCUGGACAAAUAACACAAGAAUUAAUUAAUUACGCUCCUGCAGAUCUUUUCCUACAGGCACAAAAACAAGUUUUUAAUUUGAUGAAAUUUGAUAGUUAUCCACGUUUUUUACGAUCUGAUUUGUAUCGUAAUUGUUUAGAGACUGGUAGUAGUGUUGUAAGUACAGAAGACUGUGAUUUAGCUCUUACUAAUUCACCAAGUGUUAAAUUAAAAAAAAGUCAUUCAGAUGCUGAAGACAGACGUAGAAAAUCUAUAUUACCUUGGAAUCGUAAAAAUAGGUCUAAAUCAAAAGACAGAGGAGAGAGUGAGUACAAUAAAAUACCAACGCGCGUUGAACCGAUGUACAAAAGUUUUUCAUCAAUAAAACGUGAUAAUGACGGCAAUAAUACUAGUAAUAACAAUAAUAAUAACAACAACAGUAAUUACAACAAUAAUGAUGACAAUAUAUCGAUAUCAAGUAGCCGGUCUUCAUUAGCAUCGUGGGAUUUAGCGUUACGUCAAUCAUUUAGUAAACAUUCCGUUGCAUCAUACGAUGGACAAAAUGAUAAAAAAGACGUACAUAGCAAGUGUACGGGAUUAUGUCGUGUGAUAUUACCUGAUGGAUCUACAACAGUAGUACCUACAAGUCAAACAGAGACUAUUAAAGAUGUGAUAACACGUCUACUAGAUAAACGAGCUUUGAAAUAUUUGAAUUAUGAUGUUCUCAUACUAGCCACCGACGAGUUGAUGAAUCUAAAGUACUCGUCAUCGGUAUUAGCAGGCCAAGAAGUUGAAGUAGUACCCGCAAAAGUAUUAAAAGUUGAUUUGCCAUCACGACGUAUUAUAACUGUCGUCGCACAUAGAGGACGUACGUUAAAAGAAGUAUUGAGGCCAUUAUUAAAUAAAUAUGGUUUUAAAUUAGAAUUAAUAACGAUAUGGGGUGAUGGACAUCCGAUAUCACUAGAUAUUCCUGCUAUCAAUGCACCCGCGAGACUUGUUCUUACUUCAAACAAUGAAGAUUUCCAACGAGACGUACCAAGAUGUCAGGAUAAUAUUCCGCAAGGACAAACGACAUUAGACGAAAUAACAAACAAAGUAUUCGAAGAAUUAUUAGUCGGUAAAAGUGCUAAUAAAUAUCAAAGUGAAGGUUCUUGUAAGUCGGAUGAUCAACGAUCAGAGGGAUCUUCAAUUCUGUCAAAUAAAUUUUUUUCCCGUGAUCUGGCAUUAUCGGGAAAGAAAAAAUCUAAAUCUAAGAGCAGUAAUUUAAGUGAGAAAAGUAAUUCCGAUUGUACUGGCGAUGAUAGCGCAGCUCAAUCUACUCGUUCGCAUGCACCUUUAAUUGCUAAAUGGCGCAAUGGGGUUAAAUUACAACUACCUGGACGAUUUGAUGGUGAUGAAUUGUAUGAAGGAUUAAAAAGAGCGCAAAGAUCAAGAUUAGAAGAUCAAAGAGGAACUGAAAUUAAUUUUGAACUUCCAGAUUUUUUAAAGGAUAAAGAAAAUAAUAAAAGUAAAGAUGAAAAAAAAUUACGACGUGCGCGUCUGACGGUAUCAGCAAAUUGCGACCCCACAACAAAAUUUUACAACGACAUGUCAUCAAAUGAAAAAAAACAAAAUCCAUCAUCAAGCUUAUUGAAAGAUAGCGUUAAUAAAUUAAGUGAAUCUCGUAUUAAUAAUAAAAGUACAAUAAAUAGUUAUCCCCAGUCUCCAUCAUCGUCGUCGUUGUCUCUAUCAGUAUCCGAUCAAUAUAAAAAUUCUAUGCAGGAAAGCAGUACAAAUAAAACAACAAAUCUUGACAAUUCAUUAACGAAUUUAGACGUGACACUUGAAGAUGCUGACAAGACGAUUAUUGAUAACAGUAAUUGCAAGUUGACGUGCAAAAGUAUUGAGUCUUCACCAACUGGCAAUACGUCGAUGUUAUCAAUGUCAAUGUCAAUGUCAGUGUCAUCUACAUCAUCAUCAUCGGGAUUAAUGGAGUCGCCAUCGACGUCACCAACGAAAUUAUUAAAGCCACCGCCUUUGCCGCCAAAACCUAAAGGCUUAUUAACAAACGCCGCUAAAACAAAUCAUUUGUUAUCGAUGAAAAAUAAUACGAGAACUACGACAAUUACCAGUGACUCAUGUGAGAAUAAAAAUAUUUUUUAAUUUUUUUUAAGAAAAAUUUUGAGUCUUCUGAACAAAUUUUAUUUUUUUUUUUACACAAGUGAUUAUUUAAAAUUUUCAUUAAUAAGUUGAGAAAUUUAAUUGUGAUUGUGAUGGUAAAUAAUUAAUAUUUAUACUAGUAGAGUUGGGAAUAAAAAAGAAACGGGUAUGUAGGUACACAGUGUUCUAUAUAUCGUCUAUUGUUAAAUAAAAAAUCGACUACUUUACUUUUAUUCUUUCUCAUUUUAAAUUUGUUUAUGGAUAUGAAACAAGUUGCUCUGACGGACGUUUCGGGCGCACAAUCUUUUUAUGGACCAUGUGAAAAAUAUUCUUAUUUAAUUUGUAAAGUGCCCGUGAUAUUUAUUUCUAUCACAAAUUUUUACAUAUCAUCAAAGUCUAUUGACGAUUGAAUUAAUAAAUAAAUAUAGAUCAUUUUUAAAAAAUUAUAAAACAAAAUUACUAACGAAAUUUAAAAAUCGUUAAAUAAAAAACACAUCGCUGAUAAUAAAUCUAGAUAUAUAUUUAUUUACAACUCCUGACUAAUCAACGGCAAUCUGCUGAACAAAUUUAAGAGAAAAUUAUCAAUUUAAAAUUUUUAAUCGUUUUUAAAAAAAAAUAACGCCGUCAACGAAAGUAACAUCUCAACUUAUUAAUGUCCAUUUAUCGCCAAAAUCUAACCUGAAAAAUACAUAAUAAUUAUUAAAUCACAAAAAUAACCUCGAGCGUACAUUUAAAUAAUAAAUUAUCGCAAUAGAAAAAAGUCCUCCUUAUACAUAUAAAUGAUGUUUAUUUAAAUUUCAUCUUUGCAAUAAUCAGUAAAAUAAAAACAUCCAAUAAUUAUCAAUCAGUUAAUUAAUAUUAAUUAUUUUUUCUACAUAACUAUUGUCUGCAUUGACGUAUUUGUAUACAGCAUUACUCAUCAAUACUUUUACGUUG